AUGUCCAUGAGCAAACGAAAAUCAUUAAGAAUGAGUGUAAUUGUGAAUAAUCCAAUACUUCCAUCUGAUUGUAUUGAAGAAAUUCUCAAGAGUUUAGAUAAAGACCGAUCAUCUCUAUAUUCGUGGACUUUGGUUAAUCGAUCUUGGUGUCAAUAUGCGAUAGCCUUACUCUGGAGUCACCCAUUUACAAGUCUGAACUUGUCAGAUGAUCAAGACACUGGACAUUUAUUGAUUCGAACAUAUUUAACAUGUUUGUCUAGUGAAGCACGUCAAGCAUUAGAAGCUGAAGGUCAUGUUUUACCAAACUCUAAACCAUUAUUUGAUUAUCCAUCAUAUUUUAAAGAAUUACAUAUUGGAAGUUUACAAAAUGCUCUUGAACAAUGGUGGACGAAGAAUACUGAUUAUAGACUUCGAAAAAAAGCAAAUUUCACUACAUUAGAAAGUUUAAUCUUUGAAAUGUUAAUUAAUAAAUCUAAUGGUCUAAGAUUAUUACAUUGUGAAUCAAGAAGUCGAUAUAACAUGACUGAUUGCACUUCAUUUACUGGAAUUCAAAAAGCAGUCACACGAAUUCAAGAAUUAAGAAUAAAUUGUUCAAGUGUAGAUCAAGGUCAAUUAACAAAUUUAUUAUCAACCAUAAUCGAAAAUUCUCAUCAAAUUCAUCGAUUGGUCUUAACUCCUCAUCAUGAAGGUACUAUGGCCCAAAAAGUUCCAAAACUUAUAGAAGCUCAACAAUGUUUAGAACAAUUUAGCAUGAUUUCAUCGUUGGCCGGGUUAUUUAAUCCUUCAAGAUCUGCUUCAAUAUUUUCGGCUCUUACUAGUCAAAUUAAAUCAUUAACACAUGCUGAUUUUAGAAAGAUUUAUUUUGAUGAAAAUUCAUUACAAAUAUUAGCCAAAUGUCAUAAUCUAAAAUCUUUAUAUUUGGUGAACUGUCAUCAAGAACAAGAUAUCACACUUUCAGAUUCAUUAUUGAAAUCUGGGCAACUCAGUAUAACAAAAUUAGUCUUAAAUCACGAUCAUCAUAAUAGUGUUAAAGAUGGAUUAUCACAAAAUACUUGUACCUCAAUAAUUAUGAUGUCGGCUCAAACAUUACAAGAAUUAUCAAUAGAUUAUAUAAAUUCUGAUUUAGUUCAAAUCUUAAGUACUCAAAUUCCACAUCUUACAUCAUUCUCAAUUCGUACAACUCCUAUAUCACAACUCGAAUGGAUUUCCACAUCAACUUUAACCCAUUUGGCACUUAGUGACGUAGGACCAAAUUCUAGUAUAGCUCCGCUUAAACAUAUUGGACAAUUAUUACCACCAACAUUGACACAUUUACAAUUGGAAUGUCGGUACAAUAUUGCUCCGGAGAGCAUGGCGGGAAUGUUGGACGAUUGUCAAACUCAAUUAAAAAUAUUAAGUUUAGAUGUCGAAAAGAUUGAUGAUACUCUAUUAGAAGUUGUUGCCGAUUAUUCUAGAGAGAAUGGAAAAUGUGUUAGAGAAUUAAGGAUUGCUAAAGAUACGAGGUUACAAUUUGAUCAAAGAUUAUGUAAGAAGUUACAAUCGGUUAUUCCGUCAAUCAAUCUUAAUUAUGUAGACCCUUGGCCUUUACUUAUCGGUGAGUAA